AUGGCUGCCGUCUCAGCUAACUGCUGUCGAGCGUCUCAGACCUUCAUCGUCUUCUUCGUCCUGUCAGUGGGACAGUUUUCAUCCAUUUCCUGUUUCAAAGUGCCGGAGGGGGGCGUGGCCUCUCUGUCCUGCCAGUACUCCGUGAAGCGGUUCGGCCUCAGUCGGGUCUGCUGGGGCCGCGGCUGCGGGACCUUCUGGUGCAGCAACAUCCUGGUGCAGACGGACCAGAACGGCGUCAUCUCCAAGGUGGCCGACCGGUACCGGCUGACGGGGGACGUCCUGGACGGACAGAUGGAUCUGGACAUCCUGAACGUGAGGCGGACAGACAGCGGGCCAUACUGCUGCAGGGUGGACAUCGACGGCAUCUUCAACGACAAGAAGGUGAUCAUGAACCUGCGAGUGGUCAAAGCUCCAGUCACCAGUUCUCCUCCUCCUCCUCCAACAACCACAACCACGGAUCGAGUGACGGAGCCGUCGCCCUCCACAGUGAACUGGAAAACGCUGCUGUCGUCUCAGCUGGACCUCCUGAGGAGGAACUCCACCCUGCUGCGCUCCGACACCAUCACCGUGGAGGACUCACUACCCUCUCUCUCCCUUCAGAUCAACGUUCCCGUCCUCUUGCUCUCCCUCAGUGUGUUGUUGAUCUUGGCGGCAGUUUUCCUCUUUCUGGCCUUCAAACGUGGAGCGUACAGACGAGCCUUGAAGAGCGGCUGUCUCUCCUCUGAAGAACCUCCUCACAUCAUCUAUGAGAUCCGGAUGAGGAGGCCGGUCCAGGAGAACAUCUACACCCUGGACUAGAGAGCCACGUCCACACCUGGACCACAACUCUCUCACUCUCUCUCUCUCUCACACGCACACACACGCACACACACACACACACACACACACACACACACACACACACACACACUGAAAGAUGCAUUAAUAAGCUCUCAGAUGGGAACAAUGAUUUGGUGUAUGUAUUUUUAUUUGUGUCUUUAGCUGAUUGAGCUAUUAUAUUAUUUAUGCUGUGUUUCCUGUCUUUUUCCCUCCUUUUCAUUUUGUAUGAUGUAAUUUUCAUUUACACAUUGAGCUGAGGUUUAACAUGAGCCCUCCAGGGGUUUCUUACCUCACCUGCUCAUUCUCCCCUUAAAAAAAAAAACAAAAUACCAUGUAUUUGUGAUGUUUUAUACAGAAGAGGAUUAGGGUCACACGUAUGAGGCCACUUCAAAUUCUCAUAUUUUUACAAUUCUGAUGGAAAAAGUCUGAAUUCUGACAUUUUUACUUUAAAUUCUAAAAAAUUAAAAAUGUUUUUCACAUGUGGCCUUAAUCCUCUUCAGUAGUUUUAUGUGUGCCAAUAAAAAAAAAAGAUAAAUAAAUAAACACACACACACACACACACACACACACACACAUAAAGCUCAGUGUGUUUGGUGCAGGUGGUGUGUUCCUGAAUGCAGCUCUGUGUUGAGCUGCUGCUGCUGCUGUAGUUUGUUGUGUGGCUGUUUCCUGUGCUGAUAACGUGUGUGAAGC